UUAGCAGGUGCAAAGCAAAACAUAUGUCUACUUGUCUGUCUAUUAAGAAAUUAUGAUGAGUCGUUAAAUUCAUUUGGAAAAGCCCUUGUUACGUAAAUGGCUAGCAGUAGCAGAGAAAGAAAAAGAUUAAAAUCAAAAAAGAAAGGAAAAGAGGAUGAGCGUGUGCAAGUUUUGAAACAUUAUGAUACAUUCUAUGGCCAAGCCCCUCCUGGACUGAUUAAAGAAGAAGAAGAGCAUCCUGAGGACUGUAUUCCAAAUUUGCCUGAAAAUAAGGAAGCCCGAGAAUUUUUAUCCAAAGCACCUACAAAAGGACUAUGGAUGCCUCUCGGCAAAGAAGUGAAAGUUAUGAAAUGUAUGUAUGUUAUUACUUUUCUUACGGCUUAAAAUUCUGUUUUAAUUAUGGAAUCUGUAAUUAAAUUGUUAUUGUAUUUACUCAAUGAAAUCCCCUCCUCUUUUUCAGCUAUAUAUUUGUUUUGAAAUUUGGUAUCAUCUUAUAAUUGGGUCUUUUGAUAAAAGGGAGAAAUUUAAUUAUCAUACUGUACAGAAUAAAUAUGUUGUUUAAACACUAAAUAAAUGGUACUUACAUAUUAUCCCAUCAACCAUGAAACUAUUGCUAAGCAGUCUAGUUUAGCUGCAAUUAGGAUAAGCGUAAUGCCACAACACUGUCAUAACAUCUGCACCAUUAUUUGACGUAACUCUAAUUCAUUCUAGAUAAGCCAUGUUUUAUUUUUGUAAAAAAAAAAAAAAAAAAAAAAAAAAAA